AAAGCUAUUAUUCAGCCGGCCUCUAGCGCGUGUCGUUGGUUAAUUUCGCGCUAUUCAAAGUAUAAUAACGAGCUCUUUUGUCGCGAGCCGCGUGUGUGCAUAAUUAAAAAGUUCAGUGUGCAGCGAGUCGCGGCCUCUCCGAGGUCCGCAUAGAGAGAUAUGCCUUUGCAGUAGUGUAGAUAGUGAGCUAUACUCUACACGCGUAUAGGAGAUAGCAGACGACGCGCGGCUCUUUCCAGAAAUACAUGCGUGUGGGCGCUGCUGCUGCUGCGCGAAGCUGUCUGCUGGGGGGGUCGCGAUUCGCGAAUGCAGCACUGAUCUUGCGCGGCAGCGAAGCCUCUUCUGCUCCAGUAGCUAUACGUACGCAGUUGUCGAAAGAGACGCGGUGAAGAGAAGAAGACGGGCGGGCCCUCAUCGCCUGCGGCAGAUCAUCGUCAUCCUAAAUGUGCAGCAGCCCAUCAACCUGUUCUGCCCGUGCGAAAUCGAUGGGACCGGGGAAGUUGGCCUGACGAAUAUUGCGCGUUAAAUACCGAGACGAACUUCGUACGACGACUAAUACGACUAUACGCAACUAUUCACGGCGAUUCGAAUUAACAUUAAUACAAGCUCUGCGUCAGCAGCAGCGCAACGACACAGUAACAAAGUUUUCCUGCGUUUUCCGCGAAAACCUACGAAAAUUGCAAACCCCACGAAGAGGACGUCAAUAUGACGGAGACGACGACCGAGUUCGGCCCUCGGAAGACGGCAAUAAUCAUCGCGAUCGUAGCGGGAUGCUUCGCUAUGCUGUGGCCCAAAAUUUUGUACCCGAUGCUCACGGGGUCUGUUAAUCCACCACACUCAGCGGACAGCUCCGGCUGUUGUGAUGUGAUAUUUGAGAGCGACGUAACUGCUGUUGAUAUAAUGCAAGAGCUGUGCCACAAUAUCAUAAGACAUCACCAGGUUGAUCCCCGCGUGAGAGAUGCGAUUGCAGGAAACAAAUUCAAUAAACUGACUCCAUCCAGCGCGAGUCUCUGCAGAGAAGAAGUGCUAGCUAGAUGUGGCAUAGAUGUGUCCUCAUUCUUGGCGGAAAAAGAGCGAUUAAAGAAAUCUUAUAAGCAGGUCUUAGAAGAGAUUAGAGGAUUCAACGGUUCCUUGUGCCUUAAAAUGCAAUUCGGAGUCCCAUUGUCACGAUUAGGGACACCGCAUCUUAUUAGAUAUCAUAUUUUGAUGCCACAUAGUACUAUAAGGCAAGAACGCCAAACCCCACCUCAUGCUGGAAGCUACCACCCUGCUCUCAGGGAGCGAGGUCGAGCCAUUCCAUCAUCUCACAUUGUGCCUAGAAUUCAAGACAGACCUGACCACAUAGCACCCAUGAAAAUGCGACCACCAAUGGGAGGUGCAGGCCACGUGGUUGCGGCACCUAAAGGAAACGGAUCUUUAGGACUCCUCAUGCCACUUUAUACAAUAGGAAUCAUUAUCUUUUUCCUCUAUACAAUUUCAAAGGUACUUAUGGGAAUCAUCAUGCCUCUUUAUACUAUUGGAAACGUUGUAUCUUUCCUCUAUAAAGUUCUGCAGGUUUUAAGAAAAACUGCUGAUAGUGAAAUAAUGAGGCCAGAAUAUUCGACAGCUGCAGCUGAAAGGGAAUACCAGAAACUAGUUUUUAAUCCAGAAGUGUUUGCUGCUGCUGUAACUGCAGUCAAUGGACAACCUGAGCAGCGCGAAAGGCCAACAACCCCAAUUGAAGAACCACCUCCAACAAUUGAUGAGUUACAAGAACAAGCGGCUGGUGAUAUAGAAAUAGAUCAACUCAGACGACGAUUAGUUGAAACCGAAGCAGCUAUGGAACGAAUUGUUGUUCAAAUGAGCAACUUAUCGCGUACCGUUAUCAGUUGUACAACCCCCACGCCAGAAUCCAAGGUCCAAGAUGACCAAGAUGAGAAUGAGCUUGAAGAGUUUCAUGAAGCAUCACCUACAGUGAAAGUUUUGAACAUGGAAAUGACUACAUCUUGCGAAGGUAGACAGAAAUGUAGUAGGCCUACAACACCAGUUCUCUUUACAUCUCAUGGUCACACUGAAGAAAAAGAAGAAAAGUCACCUCCGAUUUCUAUUUACUUGGAAGGUUCUCUUCCUCCACAAUGCGAACUGCUUGUAACAGAUUCGAAAACACAAGAGAUACAAGAGGAGGAAAAUGUGGAAGUCCCAGUUGUUCUUUCUGGCAAAAUGACACUUUCCCUCAUCAGCCUUGACCAGGUAGCAGCUGUAAGAAAAUAUUAAAAUAACCAACAGAAUCAAAUGAAACUACGGAAUCUUUUUUUAUUUGGAAUCCCAAGAGAAUGACCAACUUGAAAAUGAAGCUGCAAGCAAACUUAAACAAAGCAACCAGGACAAUUUGUCGAGUGAACGUGAUGAAAGUGAACCGAAAAAUGUGGAUAAAAUAUCAAGCAAUAACAGAGUGGAGACGGGAAACCAAAGAAAAGAGCAUUAUGAAAGUGGCGAAGACGAAGAAGAAGAUGAAGAAGACGAUGAAGAAGUGGAAGAAGUAGAAGAAGAGGAAGAGGAGGAAGGAGAAGAGGAAGAAGAGGAGGAGGAGGAAGAUGAAGAGGAGGAGGAGGAGGAGGAGGAGGAAGAAGUGGAAGAGGAAACAGAUGAAGAGUUAGAAGAAGAGGUGAAGGAAAGGGAAGAUUUCAAGGUCAGAAAUUAUGUAUCGCAAACAACUGGGCUGGACAAAAAUCACGAAAAUAAACAAAAAUAUAAUGAAGAUAUCAGCAAAAAUCUUGCAUCUCGUAUAGGUGAUGAUAAUAAUAUUGCCAAAGAAAGUGAAGUUGAUGAAACGGAAGAUGAUGAAGAACAAAGCGAAGAAGAAGAAUAUGAGGAAGAGGAGGUAGAAGUCGUAGAGGUUGAAGAAGGAGAAGAUGACGAAGAAGAAAUAGAAGUACAAGGAAAAGUGGAAGAACUAGAAGAAGAGGAGGAAGAUGAUGAGGAAGAAGAGGAGGAAGAAGAGGAAGAGGAGGAAGAGGAAGAGGAGGAAGAGGAAGAAGAAGAAACGGAAGACGACGAUGAAGAUAAUGAAGAUAGUAGAACAAUGAAAAUAAAACAGCCAAUAGUUAUCAAAAAUAGAAAUUAGAAAAUUUACAUCUAGUUCAAUUUCGAAAGAUUAACGUUUAUAUACAGAUUAUCAUAGAACGUUUAUGGAGUCGUUUUUUACAAAUCAUAUUUGAAUAAAAAUUCAUAUAAGAUACAUACCUACCAUACGUUACAUUGAGAACUAGUUUAAAAUGAUUUUAUCUCAUACAGUUCGUUUAUGACAAGUAUAUGCCUGUUGUGGAUACACGUGAUUAAUUUUUUAUGCUAUAGGAAUAUUUAAAUAAAUUGAUGGAUUUAUGAAUUUUUAUGCAAAUUUUAUUCAUCUAUAGCAACAUUAUUCCUAUAACUUUAUAUAUCACGAGUAUAAAUAUUUUAUGUGUUUUAAUUUAUACUUGCAAUAAAUCAUACUCUUUUCAUAUAAAUUGUUAUCUAUAUAUAAUACCCUUUUACAGAUAUUGCGUAUAGUAAUUAUGAAAGUACUGAAAUUGAAAGUUCUGAGAUUUUUCUGAAAAUGGAAAUUUCACCAUGUGCAAUCCGAAACUUUUUUUUACCAUUUAUCUAUCUUAUUGUUCAAUUGAAAAAAAAAUGUUAAUACACAUUAAUAUACCAAUUUUAAUAAAACUUAUUGCUGUUGA